CGCGACACUAGCUCCUCCCCCGGUGCAUUUUGGUACUGGGGACGUGGCCAGCAAGGUCUGCGGAGGAAAAGGCCACAGCAGCCCUUGAGGCAAGGAAGUGAGAAAACUGCCACUGAUCCGAGCAGAGCAGACACUCGCCCCACCUCUGACCAUGUUUAGGGAGGGAGAGCACAGUAGCGGCUUCUAGUGGAGAAAUGGCUGAGUAUGACUGAAGAGGGGCUGCUGCUAUGCGAGAAGACAGUUGUCUCGCGAAGGAGAGCUUGCAAAAAAAGAUUUCUUGUACUCCUGUCUUACCUUGCCCAAUCCUGAGCUAGGACUUGCCGAAUAAAUCAUUGGAGAGAAAAGUAGUGGUCCAACUGCAGUGGCAGAUCUGGUGAUUUUGGAGUGAUAGAAGACCACCAACCUCCACAGGCUGCUCUCAGGCACACAACUCUUUCCUUUCCCAGAGGAGCAUCCUCUUCCUCAUUGGCAGAGCCUGUAGUUGGAGAGGGACUAAGUGACUACUGGACUUGGAUGCAAACAUCAACCUGUGAUAGACCUUUGGUCAAGGCAAGACCAGCGUGGGGCAUAUAACUUAGCCUUGCCUUUAACUUUGAUCAUAACUGGCUCUGAGGCUAAGGCAAGGGUAGAGAAGGGGCUAGGACUGGCCUGAAAACUGGAAUCUGGUCCUGGCUGGCAACACUAGAAUCAAGGCUAAGAUCCAGGCCAAGGAAGUGACUGAGCCAGAACUGCAAAUAAGACCCGUGACCCAGGCCAAGUCUGGAGAUGGAGCAGUGGCCAGGACCCAGACAGUGACCUGAGGCCAUGGCUAAGAUAAAGGAAACAAUCAACAUGAAAGCUGUAACUAAGACUAGAGUCACGGCUAAGACUAAGGCAAAACCCCUGACAGAACCCAGUACAGUCCAAACCGAGUCAGAGGCCAUGCCUGUACCCAGGGUCAGUGUUGUGACCAAGCAUGAGGUCCAGGCUGGGGCUGUAAGUAAAGUAAAGAUCAGGUCCUUUGCCAAGGCUGAUGAAAAGGCCAAUGUUGUGUCCAAGCCUGGGAGAAGGGGAGAGGUCAGCAUCAAUUUCAGGGCUGGGGACAAAGCUGGUAUUAUAAUAGAGUCCAGUGAUAGGGAUGAAGAAAAUGUCUGCUCCUGGUUCUGGACUGGAGAAGAGCCUAGUGUAGGAUCCUGGUUCUGGCCUGAAGAAGAGAACCCUACUCAAGCUUAUACUCCCCCACCUAAGAUCCAGGAAAAGCCGAAGCCUACACCCGAACCUGAACUUACUAUAAAGCAAAAAGCAGCUGCAUGGUCACGGAUCAGGUUUAGUGUCCUAGUUCCAUUAGGGGAAGGGGAACCACCUUUACCUGCUGAAGGAAAUUGGACUCUAGUUGAGACCUUGAUUGAAACACCUCUGGGAAUUCGACCUCUGACAAAGAUCCCACCGUAUAAAGGGCCUUACUUCCAGACCUUAGCUGAGAUCAAAAGUCAGAUUAGGUACAGGGAAAAGUAUAGGCCCAAUCCAAGAACCUGCCGCUGCAAAUCACGUGACUUUAGUUUAGAGCCUAAAGAAUUCGAUAAACUUGUUGCCCUACUUAAGUUAACUAAGGAUCCUUUCAUUCAUGAAAUAGCCAGGAUGAUAAUGGGCAUCAGUCCUGCUUAUCCAUUUACACAAGAUAUAAUUCAUGAUGUUGGUGUGACUGUUAUGAUUGAAAACUUGGUCAAUAAUCCCAAUGUUAAAGAACACCCUAGUGUUUUAAAUAUAGUGGACAACUCUGAGUCUUCUGAAGAAUUAAAAACAGGAGAGUCACAUACACAUCAAGUUUGUAAGGACAUAUUCUCUUACCCAUUAAACUCCCCUAUGCAACUAGCUGCACUAAAAUUAUUAUUGCAUCCAAGUGUGAAAGUUGAGGAUCACCAUGUGAUUGCCAAUUACAUUCCAGAUUUCCUUACCUUGUUAAACAAGGGAAGUGUCAAAACCAAGUUUUCUGUUUUAAAAGUGUUUUCGCGCCUGUCUAAAAAUCAAGCCAACACAAGAGAACUGAUCAGUGCCAAAGUUCUAUCAUCACUGGUUGCACUCUUUAACAAGAAUGAGUCAAAGGCCAACAUUCUUAAUGUCAUUGAAAUAUUUGAGAAUAUAAACUUCCAAUUCAAAAAGAAGGGGAAGCUGUUUACCAAGGAACAGUUCACUAAAUCUGAACUCAUUUCCAUAUUCCAGGAAGCAAAAGAGUUUCGUCAGAAACUCCGAGACUUAGCAGAGCACAGUGAUCCUGAGGUGAGAGAUAAAGUUAUACGAUUAAUACUCAAACUCUGAAUAGUCAUACAUUCCUCACAAAGCCUUGAAAAAUGUUUUGGUGUUGCAAUAUAAAACCAGUGCAUAUUACAAUUGAAAAUUCAAUAGUUACGUGAAGUGUGUGAUUGGAGGCAAUUUUAUGAAUGUUAAAUGAUCCUGAGAGCUUGAAUGUUGUUGAUUUUUAUUGUGGUGUAUAAAUUGUUAUAUUUUUAGUAUUUCUGCAUAUGAUCUGAUAAUGAACCUAUUCAUCCUAAGUAAGCUAUACUCCCAUGCUUUAUGGUGGCGUAAGUGUAUUUGCGACUUCAUUUACAUGUUAAUAAAGUACUAAA